UAAAAGAAUUGUCAAAAUUUCAGUCAAUCAAACAAACAUGGAUUCUUCUCAGUGUGAGGAAUCAGAAAAAUCUUUGCAUAAUGAGAGUGAUAUGAAGAAAAAUUAUAAUAGUGUUUCUAAAACCAUGUCAGGAUAUAGUAAUAAUAUCGUUCAUAAGCUAUUUAACAGAGAGACCUCAGGCUACACGUCACGUCGCUACAAUGACCGCGGCCGCAGAGUAUUUGAGCGGAUCCCGCCACGGCUGCGGUUCUGCCUUAUGGACAUCGUGCCCAUGUCCUACUUCAGCAACCAUGUGUUCAUGGGCUUCUCGCAGUGUGGCCAGUAUCUGCUCAGCUUCACGUAUAGCAACGGGUCACAAGUUUACUUUAGAGAGAAUGCUAAGUUUACCUUGCACUUCUUAUCCUGGGUACCCGGAAGAGUGGUCCGCUCAGUGCACAGAGUGCCCCUGUUUGGCGGGGAUGCCGUGGACAGUCGACUGACCAUAUCCAUGGCGCAGUGGAAGCACAACCCUGGCGUGCUAGUGAUCUAUGGCUUACCGGAUUCUUGUACUGAAAGAUCUCACCUCAGUGUCAUUGGAGUGCCACGGUUAGGAUGUCGGAAAUGUGCCGCUAUGGCGAAAGAAGAAGAUGGUCAAAAUUGGGGCCAAAAAUGUCUGGAGCACAACUUCGCGAUUCACACAAAGUUCUUCUGUACAUCCGACUCCAGCGUGUACGAGCCUGUCGUACAACUCGCCUACUCCAACCAGAUCAUCAUCUACACAGACUUCAUACACAUCCUAGAAAUAGACUUCGUCAAACCCGACCAAGAUAAACCUAUGGAAAUCGAUGACUGCAAAUCCUCAUCAGAUAAAGACGAGACUAAUUAUAUUUACACCAAUCCAAGCACGCCCGCGUCUGACGUGUCAGCUGUCUUCCAUUCCCCUAAAUACCAGAACACGGUCGUGCAAAAUAUAUUAGAAGAUUUCUCCGAUUUAGACGCAGAGCCUUUUCAAAUGUCGAAACCGGUGCAAUUACCUGAUGUGAUGGGACAAGAGCUUUGUAUUCAAGCGUCUUCAAUAUCGUACAAUUUAGUCGAAGAAUGGGAGGGCCCUUCGCCUUCCAUUAGAACUUUAAUUUCCCCUCCCUUGAGAUCCCCCAGGAGACGACCAGCGGAAAGUAUGUCCAGGUUUAACGAAACACAUAGAAUCAAAGCGGACAAAGCUUACGAAUUCGUAGAAGAAACCGAAACGAAAUGUGAAAAACUUAGUAUCUUCAGAAAACGAAGAUUAGCUGACAAGAAAUAUGAGUUUUCUGAAGAUAAUAAUGAAAAUAUAGUCCCGUUCAGGGUAUUAAGGAGUAAUAGGAAAUACUUUACUGGGUGCACUAGCAAAAUGCGACGACCAAAGUCUCCGCCAGUCGAGGUCCUAAGAGCGCACAACCAGAUAAGUAGACCUCCGUCGCCGACCACUAGUGAAAAAGACCAGGGUCUAUCUUGCUUAGAAUCUGAUGACAAAAGCGAAUCUGAAUACAGAGUCAUGGAAAUGCUUGACGACGGAUCCCUGAAAACGGUAGCGGUACACGAUAACACCUCGAAAACGCUGUCAGAGUGUCCCGUGAACGCGCACGAUCCGUAUUUGGUGCAUUCGGAGAAUUCCAAGUGUAGCAAGUUUUUCACGAGAUAUUUUGUGGAAAGCGACGAUGAAAUUACUUCUAUCGCUACGGAUUCUGAAGACGACUGCAUAUCAGGCUACCACGUGGCGCUGCACUUGCAAGCUCACGGGGCGGGGUACGCGCCGCUGCAGGGCGUGAGCGCGGGCGCGUGGGCGCGGCUCGCGAGCGCGCCGCCGCCGCUCACGCUGCGCGCGCAGCAGCGCAGCCUCGACACCGAGCUGCUGUGUAAUGAGGUUUGCGGGCGACUUUGCAAGCUGAAUGGAAAGAAAUUCAUAUACUGCUUCGACUGGGGUUGCCAUGUCAUAGACGUAUGCCAGAGUAGCGGCUGCUUAUCGGGGCUGUGCGCGAUGUGGUUGUGGGCGAGCGCCGACACGGGCGCGUGCGAGCCGUGCCGCGCCAUCAGCGCCGGCUGCCCCGCGCACCGCCUGCAGUACGCCGCCGAGUGCCUCUUCGUGUGGGAUUUAGUGAGUGGUGUUUAUAGAACUGAAAAAGUAACAAUGACUGAAGACGCAAGUCAAGAAGGCUCCAGAGUGUCGGGGGCGGACCGAGCGCGCGAGCUCGCGAAGAAGCUAGGACCAAUCAACAUGCCCUCCGGCUGUGAAACGAGGCUGCUCACUACUCUUACAGGGCGAUCGUUAAAGCGACUGACGGACGUGGACAACUGCAUCGAGAUAACCAAGAACCACCCGGACAGCUCCGAGUCGGAGUCGGAGCCUGAGGAGGAAGACUCUGACUGAGCGACCGCAGCGCUCCGU